UAUGCAGCUGUGCUGCUCAAAAAAGAACGAGGUUGAUCCGCUGCGGUCGGAAAAUGGCUCUACGAACAAUCCAUCAUCGGAGAACGCUAUAGAUAAAUUUGGAUUUUAUCAAAUUGUGAUAUUUGCAUUUAUUGGUAUAACAUUGAUGCUAACGGCAGGAUUCGCGCUUUCUUACGUAUUUACUGCGGGCGAGGUUAAAUACAGAUGUUUCGUGUCGGAAUGCGAGCAUUCAGGAAAUACGACAUUCGAACCACCGUGGCUGAAUUUUUCUGCGCCGAAAAUCAACGGUGUCAUUUCCCGUUGUACACGUUACGUGAUACAAAAUGAUCAUUCGGACACAUGUACAAAAGCAUUGUUCACCAACGUUACUCGUUACUGUGAUUCUUGGAUUUACGAUUCGGAUGAACAUACAAUACUUAACGAGUGGGAUUUUGCAUGCGAUGCUAAUCGAUGGAAACUCACGUUGGUGGGCACGAUACAACAUACCGGUCAAUUUGUCGGUUUGAUGUUCGCUGGAUACAUAUCUGAUAGGUUUGGGAGACGAACAAUUUUGACGGUGGCAACGACUCUAACUGGAUUAAGUGGCUUGAUACAGUCCUUCUCCGUAAAUUAUUGGAUGUUUCUCACAUUCGAAUUCAUCAAUGCCAGUUUAGCGGCGGGAAUCUACAGCGCAGGAUUUAUUUUAGGGAUGGAGACCAUGGGAGUGAAACAUAGAGUCCUUGGAGGUGUUAUAGUAUCCAGCAUGUUCUCCGUGGGUGAAAUUUUACUAGGAUUGAUCGCAAGUUUGUUAAGAUCUUGGCGAAUGCUUCUUAGGACAGUGUACGGACCGGCACUGCUAGCCGUUUUCCUACCUCUGGUCAUUCCAGAAUCAGUUAGAUGGUUAAUGUCAAAGAAAAAAUACGAAGAAAUGGAUAAAAUAUACUAUAAAAUGGCCCGAAUGAAUGGCCUGAAAGUAACAGACGAGGCCAUCAAUACUUUCAAGGAGCAAAAUAUAACUAAGGCUGAAACGAAAAGCGAACUGGUGGUAUUGGACGAGAGGAAACCGAUCGUGCAAGUUCUACAUAGCUCAGUGAUACUUACUCGACUGCUGGUCUGCUCGUUCUGUUGGAUUACAAAUACGUUCGUUUUUUAUGGAUUGUCGUUAAAUUCAGUGACGGUAGCCGGGGAAAAGUACAGCAAUUUCAUACUCGUUGCGGUAGUCGAGAUACCAGCGUUUUGCCUCGGCUGCGUGCUGAACAAUCGCAUUGGCCGUAAAUCAACGCUUUCUGGUGCAUUCAUGCUGAGUGGAGUAUUCUGUUUCGCAAGCCAGUUCGUACCGGCAGAAACCUGGAGUCACGGGCCUUUAGUUUUAUAUAUGGCCGGGAAAUUGUGCAUUGCCAUGGCGUUCGCUACCACCUACAUCUUCACGGCAGAACUUUUCCCGACGACACUCAGAAAUUCCCUGCUCGGAUUUUGCAGCAUGAUCGGUCGUAUUGGGUCAAUCUUAGCGCCGCAGACACCUCUUUUGAUGCAAAUAAUGCCUUCGUUGCCAUUUAUUCUAUUCGGGACCAUGGGUAUGCUGGCGGGCAUCUUGUCUCUGAUUUUCCCGGAAACUUUAGGAACAAAACUUCCGGACACCGUAUGGGAAGCAGAAAAAAUUGGCAAACCAAAAGAAACUCGAAAAAAUUCGAAUUUUAACAUGUCGUGUCAGAAGAGCAACGCGGAACACUGA